AUGAUAACUGUAUAUGAGCAAAAUAUCCUAAAAGACAUAGUUAAACAAUAUAGAUGCUACAAAUGGGAAGUAGAAGUGACUAUGGAAAAGUCUUCAAAAUUCCUUCCACGAAGUUCAGAGGAGCCUGUCAGGCUUCUGAUUAUGAAGAUGGAAGUGGAAGAGCAGGCCUGUGGUGCUGACUCCCAUCUUCACUGGAGCAGCUGCUACAGCCCAGAGACCUGCCGCCAGCAUUUCAGGCAGUUUGGUUACUUGGACUCCACCAGGCUCCAGGAGGCUCUUAGGCAGCUCCAGGAACUUUGUCAUCGCUGGCUGAGGCCAGAGGCGCACACCAAGGAGCAGAUCCUGGAGCUGCUGGUGUUGGAGCAGUUCCUGGCCAUCCUGCCGGAGGAGCUGCAGGCCUGGGUGCAGAGGCACCGGCCAGAGAAUGGAGAGGAAGCUGUGACUUUCCUGGAGCAGCUGGAGAGAGAGAGGUUGACUGGCCAGUCCCAGGUCUUCUUUGGAAGAGAAAAGGACAGGAUGGCAGAGAAGCUGGCACCUUGGGAAAUCACUCAGGAAUUACCGAGUAGUCAGCUCAAGCCCUUGAAAAAGCAGCUCCAGUGGGCAUCAUGGAAAUUGCACUCGACACAGCAUGAGGAAGACACCAAAACUGAAAAUGUUAAAUCUGCUUUGAGGCCAAAGACCUCCUGAGGCACAGAACUGCACUGUGAUGUUUCUAACACCCUUCAUAUGAGUGCCUCCCUGAAAUUCACAUCUCAGGGAACCUGGGAACAAGAUGGCAGGUUUUCAAGAAGACAGAGAAACCCCUCUGGGAAAAAGCAACAGAAGUGUGACCAAUGUGGCAAGAUCUUUAGUCAGAGAUCAGCCCUUAUUUUACAUCUCUCUCACAGUGGAGAGAAGCCUUAUACUUGUGAGUGUGCAAAUGCUUUCAGCUGAAGUGCAAUUCUGAUUCAGCAUCAAAGAACCCACACUGGAGAAAAACCCUUUAAGUGUCAUGAAUGUGGCAAAGCCUUUAGUCAAAGUUCAAAUCUUUUCAGACAUAGGAAAAGACACAUUAGAGGAAAAAGUCCCAUCAGUGUCAUGAGGGACCCAAAGUAUUUACUUUGAGGUUUUGCAGAAGAGGGGAAGACACAAGGCACAAACACUCCUGUAGUAUAAGUCAGUGGUUUUAGUAGACACCAGUUUCCUUUCAAGGGUCAUAAAAGCCACCGGAGAGAAGCAAGAGUAUCUCAUGUCAACACUGUUUGCUUUUCUGCUGAUUGUUAAUUCAGAUGUUUCAGAUACCAAAGCUUAAUUCAUAUUUCCAUCCCUAAGCAGCCUUUGAAAAGACAUUCUCAGACGUUUUUCUGCUAU